AUGAGUGGAACCUAUCAGCUCACCCCCGAAUCCUCCGCUUUUCGCGCCAAUUUGGCCAAUCUAGUAUCCCCUCUGCGACGUGUACGAACCAGAACACCUUUUUUUCGGCUGGCCGCCCAUAGAAUUCCAACACUAUGGGAACUAUAUAGAGGUCUUCUGCGGAAUUCACCCACUGAACAGGUCAAGUUUCGUGUUCGGCUUGCUUUUCGUCAGAAUCGGUAUCUGACUUCUCCGGAAGAAACACGGAAGCAACUAGAGAAAGGUUACAAAUAUCUAGAUUUUUUCAAGAAAGCCAUGGAAGGCGACACUUAUCGUCAGGGUGUUAUGAUGAGGUAUUCUGAUAUGAUUUUACUGAAGAGGGAAAAGUCCCAAAUGAAGAGGUUGUUACUUGAAGAAAUGGACUGGCAACUUGAACGUCGCAAUCAGCCCAAGAUGACUGGAGGAUUCAUUCGACCGUCCAUUUUGAAUGUCCCACUUCCCCGCUUAAUGCCUCAACCCCAAGCCACGUCCAUGAUAUUCGUGAAACGACGAACUGCGAGAGAACUUCGCCAUUUCCGGAGAGACAGUUUUGAAGAGCAACUUCAAGAUUUGCGAAUCGAGGCUGAAUUCGAGGAUGGACUCCAGCGCAUGGUCUCUGUUCCGUUUCCCAUAUGUUUUUCGGGUGAAGCGCAAUCCGAAUGGCAACAACCGAUUCGUGAGGCUAUCUCAGAAAUUCAAGCCAGUCAGACUCGUGAUUAUGAAAGAGCCAAUAUGCCAUUCCCUACAGAACUUGUGGAGCAAGUCCUUGAAGCCCGUCGCGAGAAGCACCGCAACCUCACCAGAGCCCGUGAGCGCGAGCGACGGGGCGAAAUGACGAAAAACGCGCUCAAACGCAAACGCGGCACCCCGCCAUCAUGGGUGAUCGCAACAAUGACCCCAAAGCGUCGGCAUAUGGACCAAGUUUCGAGAAGCUUGAGUGAGGUGGGAUAUGUGGCUUUAGUCAAGCGCAGGCUUGGGUUCAAACUGAAAAACCCAGAUGCUGGUUUGGAAUUAGGCGAGGAGGAGAAUCGACCGCUUUUGGAUCUUACAACGGAGGCCAUCAGAACGGAAAAUAGAAGGCGAGCUGACGAAGAAAGGCGGAUGAUACAGCGUCUAUCUCGGAAAUGA